AUGGCGUCUCUCACCGCCGAAGGCAGUCAAGAUGUGGUUAUGGCUCAAACCGAAGACAUCGAGCUGUCAGCUGGAGCCUUUGCUCCCCCAAGCCCAGCCAAGAACGACGAGGCGGCAAUGGCAUCUCCCGAGUCUGAGGACAAGGGUGACAAUGAGAGCAUCAAAGUUGUGGUCCCAAUCGAGCACGUGGUGAUCAUGCGUCUCGAUGCCAAAGAAGUUGACAAGUACGAAGAGUCCAAACAUGACGCCUGCUUUGCAAACCACAGCGACAGCGAAGGCCUCCGUAAAGGCCCAUACAUCUGGGAAAAAGAGGGAAGCACCACCACAGAGCAGCUCACCGCCACCUACGCGGUCCCUUUCAAGGCGGUGACCAAGAAGAGGAGCCCCGUUGGUGAUGACGGAUCCCGUCUUUCCCCCGGUGGUCGUCCCAUUCUCCUAUUCAAGUCCACCAUCCCCACCUGCGGCGGCGAGCAUCGCCCUCGCUUCGUCAUGCGAGUCGUCCACGAAGGCCGCAAGAAAAGCAACGGUCAUGUGAUGGAGGGUCCUGCUCCGACCACCAAAGCCCGCGGGUAUGGUGUUGUCAGUCCGAACCCGAUCAACCGACAGAUCCUCAUGCAGAAGCACUUCCACUGGGCUUGCCACCAGCUGAGCCCCUUCCUUUCGCUGCCCAACUCCGUGAAAACAGCUGUCAUCAGACUGCCGUCUUUUUAA